UACCAUCUCUUACCCUCUCUUUUCUCAAGCUUCUUACAAUCUUCUUCUUCUUCCUCUACUCCAAACCUUUCUUUCACCUGAAAAACAGAGGAUGAGAACCAUUCCUGACGUCUCCACCACACCAACAACAUCUAUUCCACCACCCAUACCAUCGGCGGCUCAGCGGUCGCCGUGGCAUUCUCCGAUACCGUACCUCUUCGGAGGCCUAGCAGCGAUGCUUGGUCUCAUAGCCUUUGCGCUUUUGAUCUUGGCUUGCUCUUAUUGGAGAAUUUCAGGGCAAUUGGAUGACAGAGAAGGGGGACAGAGAGACAUAGAGAGCGGGGAAGAGAACGAUGGGGAAUCUAGUAAAGCUGCGAAGGUUUACGAGGAGAAAUUUAUGGUCAUAAUGGCAGGGGACGAGAAACCCACGUUCUUAGCCACCCCUGUUUGCGCCAAAAUUUCUUCUUUCGAUGAUGAAGGGAAGGGGAAGGACGAGAACAAUGAGGGAGAGAAUGGAUUUGAUAAGACAGAGAAUUCCGAGAAAGUGAACAUCGACAAUGAUCAGAACACUGAACAAGAAGCAAAACGGUGAUCAUCACACCCAAGAGAACCAGUUAGCAGCCCAAGAUCAAAACCAGUGAGCUAGCUGAUUUUCUUUGUUCAUAUUUUGGCACAGUUGAGAGAGAGAGAGAGAGAGAGAGAUCUAGAGGGAGUUUUCUAUAUUUCGACUUAUUAAGAACUUUGUCAGUUUUGGGAUUUUGAGUCUUCUUUUUUUUUUUUUUUUUUUCUUCUUUUUUUUUUGGCUUUUUUAUUCGGGAAAUGUAAAUUUCGCAGAGAUUAAAUAGACGAUGAGAUAAGUAUCUCAACUUUGCAGUGGUAA